CGGGCUUUUCCGGUUCCGGCGCCCGCUCUUCCUUCCCCUGGCUCGCACAACUCGCUCGUUUGUUUCCCCCCACAGCGAGCCACUUCCGGUCUUGGGCCUCCCCCCUCCCUCCUUCCCUCAGGGCCCCCCCUCACUGGGCUAGGGACCCCUUUUUGGGCCCUUUUGGGGUUUCCUCAGGAGGAGCCCCGCCCUCUGGGGGCCCAAGCCCCGCCCCUUCCUCUUUAGGCCCCGCCCCUUGAGGCAGCAGAGUGACAAGCCUCCCUCCUCAAGCACAGUCUACCCCCCAAAUUGGAUUUCAGUCAUUUAAAGGCAAAGCACCCCCUUUUACCCCUCCCCCACCUCUUCAGUGUAAGGUUGGGAAGCAGAAGGGGGGAUCCCCUCCCCAUUGGGCUUGGCCCUUGCCCCAUCCAGGUCUGAGGGCCCCCCAGGAUCCCCUUGGGGAAAGGAAGAGGGGGAGAAGCCUGGUUUUGGAGGGGGCUCCCCAGGAAGGAAAGGGGGCCCCCAAAACAAGGUGGCCAUGGAGGCGCAGAAGGGGAAAGGGGGUGCCACCCCGGCCACAGGAGGCAAGUUGCUGAUCUACACCAGUUUGGAUGCCAAGGAUGAGUUAGAAGAGCGGCUGGAGCGAUGCAUGGGCACCGUCACGUCGCUCACCAGCGGGGUCUCGGAGAGAGAAGCCAAUGACGCCCUCAAUGCUCACGUUUGCAAAGGAGCCCCCCAGCACGAGGAGGUGUGCCUGGGGCUGUUCACCCUCAUCCUCACGGAGCCGGCUCAAGCACAGAAGAGUUACCGGGACCUGGCGCUGGUGAGCCGUGACGGCAUGAACGCCGUGCUGAACAAGAUGAACCAGAUCCUGAUGGAGAAGUACUUGAAGCUGCAGGAUACGUGCCGGACUCAGAUGGUCUGGCUGCUGCGGGAGAUGGUGCGGAGCGGGAUCCUGGGCAUCGACGGGAUUUGCAUGACCUUCAUGAAGCAGAUUGCAGGCGGAGACGUGACGGCAAAGAACAUCUGGCUUGCGGAGAACAUCUUAGACAUGCUCAGCGAGCAAAGGGAAUGGGUGCUGAAGAGCGCCAUGCUGAUUGCCAUGUCGGUGUACACCUACCUGCGGCUCAUCGUGGACCACCACGGCUCCCCUCCGCUCCAGGCCCUGCGCCAGAAGGAAGUCGACUUCUGCAUCUUCCUGCUCCGGGACCGGUUCAUGGACUGCUUCAUGAUUGGGAGGGACCUGGUACGGCUCCUCCAGAACGUGGCCCGCAUCCCCGAGUUCGAGCUGCUCUGGAAGGACCUCGUCCACAACCCGCAGGCCCUCAGCCCACAGUUCACAGGGGUGUUGCAGUUGCUGCAGUCGCGGACGUCGCGGAAGUUCCUGGCGUGUCGCCUUACGCCGGAUAUGGAGACCAAGCUCCUCUUCAUGACGUCUCGGGUGCGCUUUGGGCAGCAGAAGCGCUACCAGGACUGGUUCCAGCGGCAGUACCUCUCCACGCCGGACAGCCAGUCCUUGCGCUGCGACCUCAUCCGCUACAUCUGCGGCGUGGUCCACCCCUCCAACGAGGUGCUCAGCUCCGACAUCCUCCCGCGAUGGGCCAUCAUUGGCUGGCUCCUCACCACCUGCACGUCCAAUGUUGCUGCUUCAAAUGCCAAGCUUGCCUUGUUUUACGACUGGCUCUUCUUCAACCCGGAGAAGGACAGCAUCAUGAACAUCGAGCCGGCCAUCCUGGUCAUGCAUCAUUCCAUGAAACCCCACCCGGCCAUCACCGCGACUCUUCUGGACUUCAUGUGCCGGAUCAUUCCCAAUUUCUAUCCCACGCUGGAGACUCACGUCAGGCAAGGCGUCUUCAACUCCCUCACCCACAUCGUAGAGAAGCGAGUCCUGGCGCACCUGGCGCCUCUCUUUGACAACCCCAAGCUGGACAAGGAGCUGCGGUCCAUGCUGCGGGAGAAGUUCCCCGAGUUCUGCAGCUCCCCCUCGCCUCCCGUCGAAGUCAAAAUUGAGGAGCCGGUCUCAAUGGAGAUGGACAACCACAUGUCGGACAAGGAGGACAGCUGCUACGACAACGCCGAGGCCGCCUUCAGCGACGACGAAGAGGAGCUCAGCAGCAAAGGGAAGAAGAGGGAGUUCCGCUUCCACCCCAUCAAGGAGGCCGUGGUGGAGGAGCCCGUGGACAUCACGCCCUUCCUGGACCAGUUGGACGAGUCGCUGAAGGACAAGGUCCUCCUGCUGCAGAAAGGCAGCGACACCGAAGCUCAGUGUGAGGUCAUGCAAGAAAUUGUGGACCAAGUCUUGGAGGAGGACUUUGACCAGGAGCAGUUGUCCGUCAUGGCUUCCUGUUUGCAGGAGCUCUUCAAGGCGCAUUUCCGCGGAGAGGUCCUUCCCGAAGAAAUCACAGAAGAGUCUCUUGAGGAAUCCGUGGGGAAGCCGCUCUACCUAAUAUUUAGGAAUCUCUGCCAGAUGCAGGAGGACAACAGCAGCUUCUCGGUCCUCCUGGACCUCUUGUCCGAGCUCUACCAGAAGCAGCCCAAGAUCGGGUACCACCUCCUCUACUACCUGAAAGCCAGCAAAGCGGCAGCCGGCAAGAUGAACCUCUACGAGUCCUUUGCCCAGGCCACCCAGCUGGGCGACCUCCAUACUUGCCUGAUGAUGGACAUGAAGGCCUGCCAGGAGGACGACGUCCGCCUCCUCUGUUACCUCACGCCCUCCAUAUACACCGAGUUCCCAGAUGAGACCCUGCGGAGCGGGGAGCUGCUGAACAUGAUUGUGGCCGUCGUCGACUCCGCUCAGCUCCAGGAACUGGUCUGCCACGUCAUGAUGGGCAACUUGGUGAUGUUCCGGAAGGACUCGGUCCUGAACAUUUUGAUCCAGAGUUUGGAGUGGGAGACCUUUGAGCAGUACUGCACCUGGCAGCUCUUUCUGGCCCACAACAUCCCCCUGGAGACCAUCAUCCCCAUCCUACAGCACCUCAAGUAUAAAGAGCACCCCGAGGCUCUUUCCUGCUUAUUGCUCCAGCUCCGGCGCGAGAAGCCGAGCGAGGAGAUGGUCAAGAUGGUGCUGAGCCGGCCGUGCCACCCAGACGACCAGUUCACCACCAGCAUCCUGCGGCACUGGUGCAUCAAGCACGACGACCUCCUGGCCGAACACAUCAAGUCCCUCCUCAUCAAGAACAACAGCCUGCCCAGGAAGCGCCAAAGCCUUCGAAGCUCCAGCAGCAAACUGGCCCAGCUGACCCUGGAGCAGAUCCUGGAGCACUUGGACAACCUCCGCCUCAACCUCACCAACACCAAACAGAACUUCUUCAGCCAAACCCCGAUCCUUCAAGCCUUGCAGCACGUCCAGGCCAGCUGCGACGAAGCCCACAAAAUGAAGUUCAGCGACCUCUUCUCCCUGGCCGAGGAGUACGAGGACUCCUCCAGCAAGGUCCCCAAGAGCCGGCGGAAAGCCACCAUCUCCAGCCCCCGGAGCCGGAAGAACGCGGCCCAGCCAGCCAACAACGAGGAAGAGUCGGCCUCCACCAGCGCCUCGGAGGAGGAAGACACCAAACCGAAGCCCACAAAGCGGAAACGGAAAGGCUCCUCGGCCGUCGGCUCGGACAGUGACUGAACGGGCGCCUCGAGGGGGAUCUCUGUGCCCUCCUUCCGCAUCGAUCCGCCUCCAUCGCUGGCGGCGUCCGAGGCGCCCCGCAACCGAGAGAACGGCCGAGUGGACGCUGGACAAUGUUCUCCAUAGCAAGGCGCCCGCGGGCCUCGGAGGUCUGGGUGGCCCCUUUCCCGAAACGGCGGUCGCAACAACCCCUCCGUCCCGUCCCCCCUCGACUUGCCCUUCCAUCUUUCUAAACUUGGAAAAAGAGGUUAUUUUUCCAGAAAUCGCUCCAGUGACAUCGUAGAGCCUGCACUUGGUCUCCUUUCCCUGAAAUGUAAAUAAACCAUGCCCUGAAAUUGGCGCUUCUGGUUGAGGGCUGGUGUGGGUGGGGAAAGCGCAGGGAAGGGCCAGAUUGCCUUUCUAGAUCCCUCUUUUCCGAUCUCUUUCCGUCGGGAGGGUAUUCGUCACCCGAUCCCUCUGAACUUCACCGUUUCGAGGCUUUCUGUACCCCAUUUUUCGCCAAACAACGAUUACCGUCACCAAAAAGGUCUGCCACUUUAUUCCACCUUUUAAUAAAAAACCCCCCAACCGUACCACCAUUCCUGCCGGGCUCGUCAGGUUCCCUCUCCGGCCACCGUUUUGGCCAAAUGGCUCCCCAGGAAAAACAGCCUCCCUUCUUCCUCUCGGAGGAGCGUACUUUCGGGACGUCUUUUAAGAACGACCGACGAGCGAAAAAAGAAGAAAAAAGCGGUAGUUAUAUUUUUAACCCCCAUCGCCCCCGCCGAGAGAAAGUAUCAUUUCUAAGUGAUUUUUUUUAAGAGAGAAAGAGACGAUAAUAAAACUGUCGACACGGUUUUGUACGA